AUGUGGAUUACUUGGAGGCGGAAGCUGGUGGGGGAGAACGAGAUCGUGGUAGCGGCGGAGAAGAUUACCGAGCUGGUGAUUGGAGUUGUUGGGGCGACAGGGGAAGUGAAUUCGGAGGCAGCGGCGGAGACGGUAGAGCGACUGAGAAAAAGCUUCUCCUUCUCUCGCGGGGUACCACCGAAAUCGGAUUUCAAUUUUCUCUGA